AUGUUCGGCCUGCCGCCGCUGGGAGCGGGCGGGGCGGCCGCCGACCAGCUGCAGCGCCCAGGAGCCCCAGCGCGCGACAGCUCGGCGCCCCCCGAGUUGGCCGCGGCGCCGCGAGCUGUCGAGGCCCACGCGCAGGCCGCGGCGGCGGAGGCGAAGGCAAGGGGGCCGACGCGGGACGACGCGCUCCGCAGGGCGGCGGGGGAGCGCAAGGACCUCCACAGGCGGCGCCAGGCCGCAGUGGGCCAGGUCCUGCGCUGCCGCGCGGGCCUGCGCGCGGCCGAGGCCCGCGAGCGCGAGCUCGCCCUGCUGCCGGCCGAGGCCGAGGCCGCCAAGCAGAAGGCCGCCGCCGCAGUGGCGUCGCCGGGCGGCCCCGCGCCUCCUGCUGGCGCAGCCGCCGCAGCUGCGGCGUCCGAGGAGUCCUUAGAGCUCUUCCAGUUGCGCUGGGACGACUCGAUCUUCUCGGCGAACAUCCUGGAGGAGCUGGAUGAGCAGGGGCGCGGCAGCCUCGCCAGCCUCCGCAAGGAGCUCCUGGCGGCGAAGGACCUCCUGCAGUCCCUUUCGGGAGAGGUCCGCGAGGAGCUCGCCGCGGCGCAGCGCCCCGCCGCCACCAGUCGCCAGCGCCUGGCCAAGAAGCGCAAUGGCGACGACGGCGACGCCGAGGGCCCCACGCAGGCUGCUGGCGCUGCCCCAGCGGCCCCAGCCGAGAAGGCAGGUGACCCCGCGUCGGCCGCCGCUGCCGCAAAGCUGAGCCAGGCCAAGUUCAAGGCGGCCGAGCAGGCGACCGCAGCCGCGGCAGCCCGCGGUGCCGCAGGUUCGGCUGGCCCAGGCGCGGCGCCGCCCGAUGCUGAGGAUCGCGACCUGUGA